AUGGCAGGCAGCAAUUCUUCAUCUAGUACUAGUAACAACAUGGAAGGGAAUUGUUCCUCUUAUAGCAGCGAUGAAGAAGAUUUAACUAUGGGGAGCGAAGGGAGCGAAGAAGUAGAGGGGAGCGAAGGAGAGAGUGAGGAGGGGCUCAUGGAAGAAAACAAAGAGGAAAGCGAAGGAGAGAGUGAGGAGGGACGCACAGAAGACGACAGCAAAGAAGAAAGUGAAGUAGACAGCGAAGAAGAAGAGAGUGAAGAUGAUCAUGUUUCUGCUAAUAUGAGCAUGCUAGACGGAGAGACAGGAGGAGAAAGCGAGAGCGAAGAUGAUUAUGAGGCGUUGUAUUAUGAUUUCUGGCAAUACACUAAAUCCAUUGAUACACAUAUUUGUCAUUUGCAGACAUUAAUGCCUACAUUGGUUUGGUCGACAUCAAAGCACGAUGUCUAUAUGGCUGGAAAUUUCAAGAUCAUACACUGGUCUGGAUUAUCUUCCAAGAUGACCGAUGUCUUAGAUACAGCUGAGCAUGUAACUUCUUCUGAGGAUUAUCCUGGAAACUAUGAGAUAGGAUUUCAUCAAUCACAAAUUAAUACAGUGUCAGUAAGGUUUAACUUGUUGAUUGUUGGCGGCAACUUUGGACAACUUAUUUGUAAGCGCAUAGAUCGACCUGAUGUUAGUUUUUGUUAUAAGAUGUCUGCCGAAGGUGAUCACGACACAGGUAUAUGUGCUAUUGAGAUUUUUAAGAAUUCCCAGCGGAUCUAUUCAGUUCAUGGUUUAGGUGAGGAGCAUUAUAUCAACCACUUCAAUGCAGAGACAUUUGAUCUUUUACAUACUUUGCAAUUCAAUUGGCCAGUAUUUCAUUCUUCACUGAACCCCAGAGAUCAACAAACCCUUCUAGUUGUUGGAGAUAAUGCAAAAGGACGGUUAGUGAAUUGUAUUGAUGGAGAGGCUAUCGCGACUCUAAGUGGACACUCGGAUAUGUUGUAUGCAUCUGCAUGGCAUCCUGAUGGAUACAAAUUUGCCACUGGGAGCGUAGACAAAACAUGUCGGAUUUGGGAUAUUAGGAAGACAUCAGAGUCUAUGGACGUUCUUAAGGGCAACGCAGAAGCUAUACGCUCGCUAUGCUUCACAGCUGAUGGACAAUAUAUGGCUAUGGGUGAGACAGUUGACUUUGUGCAUAUCUAUGAUGCGAGUAGAUUUGAGAAGAAGCAGGUGGUGGAUUUUUUCGGACUGGUCUCUGGAGUAUCUUUUAGUCCUGACACAGAAUCACUUUUUAUCGGUGUAACCCCGCACACAAAUCCAAACAACACACAUCUCCUGUGGUACAAUCGGCGCAGAAACUUUGGAUCCUAUGAAUAUUAUUAUUAUUAAUUAAAACCAUAUGGGUUAUUGAAUACGCUGGUUUUCUUUAGACACACUAUACAGUCGUUGU